UUUUUAUGGAGCCCAGGUGGCCAGGGACUUGUAGAGAUGGACUGGGACAGAGGGAGCUUCCAACUCAACGUGCUCAUCCCUUGUUUUCCCCAAACCAGGAUUUCCCAUUCCCAGCCCCUGGGAGGCUGCGAGGAAGAGGAAGAACCUCUCCUUGUCCUUCGUCCCCCAGAGCAGGAGCUGAGGAUGGAGAGCAGGGAGGACAAAUCCCCGCGGCAGAACCUGGUGGGAGAGGCUGUUUUGAGCUGCUCCAGAGCACAGGAACCCGACGGGGAGGAAAAGCCCCGGAGAUCCCGCAUGAGGAGGGGCUGCAAACGCAGAUCGCGGGGAUCUGAGGGGGAAAGACCCACCCUGGGCCGGGGAGGCGGCCGGAGAUGGAGCCAGAGCUCGGAGCUGGGGGUCCCUGAGCAGCUCCAUGAUGGGGAGAAGCCCCACAAGUGUUCAGAGUGCGGGAAGGGCUUCAGGUGGAGGUCUGACCUGAUCAGGCACCAGAGGACCCACACCGGGGAGAGGCCCUACGAGUGUUCCAAGUGUGGGAAGAGGUUUCAGACCAGCUCCUGUCUCCUCAAGCACUAUCGAGUUCACAGGGAGGAGAGGCCCUUCUGCUGCCCUGACUGCGGGAAGGGAUUCAGGCUCAACUCCAACCUCAUCCAGCACCGGCGCAUCCACACUGGGGAGAGGCCCUACGAGUGUGGGGAGUGUGGGAAGAGCUUCAACCGGAGCUCCAGCCUGAUCACGCACCAGAGGAUCCACACUGGGGAGAGGCCCUACGAGUGUUCUGAGUGUGGGAAGAGGUUUCAGACCAGCUCCUGUCUCCUCAAGCACUAUCGAGUUCACACAAAGGAGAGGCCCUUCUGCUGCCCCGACUGUGGGAAGGGAUUCAGGAAGAACUCCCACCUCACCACACACCGGCGCAUCCACACUGGGGAGAGGCCCUACGAGUGUGGGGAGUGUGGGAAGAGAUUCUCACAGAGCUCUCACUUGACCCGACACCAACGGAGGCACCGGUAAGGGAAGCCCUGUGAGUGCCCCGAGUGCGGCCGGAGAUGGAGCCAGAGCUCGGAGCUGGGGGUCCCUGAGCAGCUCCAUGAUGGGGAGAAGCCCCACAAGUGCUCGGAGUGUGGGAAGAGCUUCAGGAGGAGAUCCGAACUGAUCGUGCACCAGAGGACCCACAGUGGGGAGAAACCCUACGAGUGUGGGGAGUGUGGGAAGAGGUUUCAGACCAGCUCCCGUGUCCUCCUGCACUAUCGGGUUCACACAGAGGAGAGGCCCUUCCGCUGCCCCGACUGCGGGAAGGGCUUCAAGUACAACUCGGUCCUCAUCACGCACCGGCGCAUCCACACAGGGGAGAGGCCCUACGAGUGUUCUGAGUGUGGGAAGGGGUUUCAGACCAGCUCCCAUCUCCUCAAGCACUAUCGGGUUCACACAGAGGAGAGGCGCUUCCGCUGCCCCGACUGCGGGAAGGGAUUCAGGAAGAACUCCCACCUCAUCACGCACCGGCGCAUCCACACCGGGGAGAGGCCCUACGAGUGUGGGGAGUGUGGGAAGAGCUUCAGCCGGGGCUCCAACCUGAUCAUGCACCAGAGGACCCACACUGGGGAGAGACCCUACGAGUGUUCUGAGUGUGGGAAGGGAUUCAGGGACAACGCCACUCUCAUCCAGCAUCGCCGCAUCCACACUGGGGAGAGGCCCUACGAGUGUGGGGAGUGUGGGAAGAGCUUCAGACACAGGUCUUGCCUGAUCAAGCACCAGAGGACCCACACUGGGGAGAGGCCCUACGAGUGUUCCAGGUGUGGGAAGAGGUUUCAGACCAGCUCCUGUCUCCUCCAGCACUAUCGGGUUCACACGGAGGAGAGGCCCUUCUGCUGCCCCAACUGCGGGAAGGGAUUCAGGCAGAACUACCACCUCCUCAGGCACCAGCGCAUCCACACUGGUGAGAGGCCCUACGAGUGUGGGGAGUGUGGGAAGAGCUUCAGCCAGAGCUCCCACCUGAUCAUGCACCAGAGGAUCCACACUGGGGAGAGGCCCUACGAGUGUUCCAAGUGUGGGAAGGGGUUUCAGACCAGCUCCUGUCUCCUCCAGCACUAUCGGAGUCACACGGAGGAGAGGCCCUUCUGCUGCCCCGACUGCGGGAAGGGAUUCAGGCUCAACUCCACCCUCAUCCAGCAUCGCCGCAUCCACACUGGGGAGAGGCCCUAUGAGUGUGGGGAGUGUGGGAAGAGAUUCUCAAGGAACUCUCACUUGACCCGACACCAAGGGAGGCACCGGGUCCCUGAGCAGCUCCAUGAUGGGGAGAAGCCCCACAAGUGCUCGGAGUGUGGGAAGAGCUUCACGUGGAGAUCUGAGCUGAUCAUGCACCAGAGGAUCCACACUGGGGAGAGGCCCUACGAGUGUGCGGACUGUGGGAAGAGCUUCAGCCGGAGCUCCAACCUGAUCAGGCACCAGAGGAUCCACACUGGGGAACAGCCCUACCAGUGUUCCAAGUGUGGGAAGAGGUUUCAGACCAGCUCCGAUCUCCUCAAGCACUAUCGGGUUCACACAGAGGAGAGGCCCUUCCGCUGCCCCGACUGUGGGAAGGGAUUCAGGCAGAACUCCCACCUCACCACGCACCGGCGCAUCCACACUGGGGAGAGGCCCUACGAGUGUGGGGAGUGUGGGAAGAGCUUCACCUACAGCUACAUCCUGAUCAAGCACCGGAGGACCCACACUGGGGAGAGACCCUACGAGUGUUCCAAGUGUGGGAAGAGGUUUCAGACCAGCUCCUGUCUCCUCAAGCACUAUCGGAUUCACAGGGAGGAGAGGCCCUUCUGCUGCCCCGAUUGCGGGAAGGGAUUCAGGCAGAACUCCACCCUCAUCCAGCAUCGCCGCAUCCACACCGGGGAGAGGCCCUACGAGUGUGGGGAGUGUGGGAAGAACUUCAGCCAGAGCUCCAGCCUGAUCAAGCACCAGAGGACCCACACUGGGGAGAGGCCCUACGAGUGUUCUGAGUGUGGGAAGAGGUUUCAGACCACCUCCCAUCUCCUCAAGCACUAUCCGGUUCAUACAGAGGAGAGGCCCUUCUGCUGCCCCGACUGUGGGAAGGGAUUCAGGCAGAACUCCCACCUCCUCAGGCACCAGCGCAUCCACACUGGGGAGAGGCCCUACGAGUGUCCCCGGUGUGGGAAGAGAUUCUCACAGAGCUCUCACUUGACCCAACACCAACGGAGGCACCGGUAAGGGAAGCCCUGCGAGUGCCCCGAGUGCGAGAAGAGCUAAACUCCAUCCCCCACUGGAGGACCGACAUUGGGCACAGCCCUGGUGACCCACAUUCCCUGUCAUCCAUGUUGGGAACACACCUGGCUGCUUCUCCUUUCAUGUUGACCUUAAUUUUUUUCUCUUCUCAAUCUCUCUGCACUCUAAAAGCCAAG